AUGAACAAAGAAAACGUAGGUGCAGCUGCUCUGAGACGCUCAGCAAUAGCUGAAAGAUUAAAACUUAGAGAAGAGUGGUCAGCGCUAAAGGGAAACACAAAACAGACACAGUGCAACAAGAAAGUUCUUACUAAGAAAACAUAUAAUGUAAGAACUGCUAGACAACUAAACAAAGAAAUGCAAAAACCAGCUGUGCUUAGUCAGACAGACACAAGUGAAGCCCUACGAGGGGUAGUGGCAUAUGUGGAAGUUGGAACUGAAUCUCGUGCUUUGGCACUCCGUGCAGCAUUGACUGCAAUGGGGGCAACCAUAGUGCCUUCAUGGAGUCCCCUUGUUACACAUCUGAUAUGGACAGACGGUGGCUGUCGCAAAAUCCGUGCCAGGGCUCGAGCCCUCGCCUGUCAGCUAGUAUCUCCUUUAUGGGUGGAAGCCUGUGCUUCUGCAGCAAAACGACUGCCUGAGCGUUUAUUUCCUGCACCAACCAGACCGUCUGAUUUGCCUUCGCCAGCCACCCUUAGGCAGUUACUGAAAAAAGCUGAGCACGAGAAUAUGCCAUUAGUUGACUCGCGAAGCCAAAGAAGUGAUGACGAUAAUCAGAGACUGCCAAGACUUAGAAUAUCAAGUGAGACUGAGGACAGCCGUGGCCAAUCGCGAAACAAGUCAGACAAAUCAAGUAGAGAUCAGUCACGGGACACAUUGAAAGAUCAAAGCUGUGUCAUAAGCAAAAAUAAUGAUACUGUUAUACCAGGUCAACCACAAACCGAUUUGAUGACAAGACAGAUGGCUUCUUCUCCAGCUAAAUAUAAACGGAAGCUUUUUACACAUAAAGAGGCGGAAGUGGUGACUGAUGACAAAGGACAAACCCCAACUCCGGAACAACCAAGAAGGUUUCAACCAGUCACACCAAGACAGAGAAGGUACUUUGCUGCUGCUGAGAAAAUAGCAAGGAAGUUAAUUAAAACACCGAUAAAAACCAACGCAAAUAGAAAAACAAGAAACGGGCAGAAUCAGACAGCGAUACAUAGAAUAGUGUUAACUGGUAUGGCAGGAUCGGAACGGCGAAAGGUAUGUGAAGCUAUCAGACAGUUGAAAGGCAAAAUACAGUCACAUGUUAAUAAGAAAACUACCCACGUCUUGUUAGGCUCAUGUAAGGACGAUAAUCAGAACAUUUCCCGUGAAGCGAAUGAACAUAUUAACGAGCAACUAUUGACAGAUGACAGAGAAAUUGUAAGUCAAACCAACCUAUUUGCUGAUACUCGAGCCGGCCAGUCAAUUCCAAAUCCCAAACCAAGAACAGUGAAUGCCUUGCUUGGAGCAGUGAGAGGUUGCAGGAUUUUGAACGCUCAGUGGGCCUUAGACUCGGCUGAAGAAAGUUGUUGGUUGCCACAUUUUGGCUAUGAAAUACCCCAUUUGUUAAAAACCUCACAGAUAGCUAGAGCUGAACGCUCAGCACUCGGUCGUAUGCGAUCUGAAUACGUAUACGAGGUGUUCUACGGUAUCCACAUCAACGUACGAGAAAACGCCCCACACAGAGAGGCCAUUAAACAGCUUCUGACGUUGUGUGGGGGGCAAAUUGGUACAGACUGCGACAUAACUAUAGGCACAGCGGAGGGGGAAAUUGAUUCAAAAUGGGUGUUCGACAGUAUAGCUGCAGCGCGACUAAGGACUACGAGACGUUAUGUUAAUAGAAUUAUUCCCAGUAACGUCGUAGAUUUAACAAGAUAUUAG